GGUGAUGCAUUAUACAUCACUGAAUAGGUGUAUACUCACUGUUGUAUAUAUACAUUUAAAAAAUAAUAUUUCAUUAAACUUCAUGCAUUUAAUUCCAAUCGGGUUUGAAGUACAAUAAUAAAUUCCCAGUUCCGAGUUUCCUCAGAUGGAUGUUGAUUUGAGACUCGAGCAUGGAAUUAACAGAAGAACAAUGUGAUGCACUUGUCAAGAGAGCACACAUAUCACUUGCGUCAAGGGGAUUUGAAAUACAUCCGUUUAAAAUUGGUUGGUACAAUGAGCAUGUACAAGAGGCGUUCAGACUGUCUUACCCAGCGGAUACUCUAGGUCUCCUUGUCAUCAGCACCCCAGACAUGUUUGAGAGGGCGUUCAUUCCAUUUGUAAAAGAGCAGAAGGAGUGUGAUGGUAUCCGCGAUCCCAUUGACCAGUGUGUGGCCUAUUACUUCAACAAGGUCAAAGAGGAUUUUCCAGAGUACGAAGUUGAAUCAAUUCAUGACUACGAGAUGCAUCACAGUCGGCGACCCAAGAUUUUAGUGCAGACUGUGGGUCAUGUGUCUGGUGCUGUGUAUUACUAUCAGAAGUCUGAUGUCACAGAUCAACCCUGGCCUACAGAUAAGAAAAUCUGUGGUGUGUGUUAUCACCCGGUCUAUGGAGGAUGGUUCGGUCUGCGGGGGGUUCUCAUUUUCAAGGAUGUCCUCUGUCCCCCUCUCCAGCAGCCCUUGCCAAAGGACGUGAUCCCCAGUCAGGAGAAGAGGGUGGAGCUACUCAAUAAGUUCAAUUUUCAUUGGCAGGACUGGACAUUUCGUGACCUCCUUCCAGUCCGACAGAGGUACUCCCAGGAACAGAUCAUGUACUUCUCAACCAAACCAAAGGACCGCCCAGAAUUAAUUCAGAGAAUCAAGUCCACUGGGACAUUGUUAGGGGACGAUUCGGAUCAAGUGCAAUAUCAAGAUAAAGGCCAUUCUGUGGAUUCAUUGGAAACAAACGAUUCAGUUAUACCUAAAUAAACUUGUAAUGUAAUCAAUAGGCCAAGGAUAUCUAUUUCUGUUUUGAGAUACUGCAGUUUUAGUUUACCUCUUUUACAAUGUCUUUUUAUGAACACAGGUAUGUACACCAUACACUCUUUUAUCAAAGAUCUUUUGUACACUGUUCACAUAGGUAAGGAUUUCAUUUUCAGGGUAUUUUAUAGAUCAUAGAGUUAUUUGUCGAUUGAUACAACUCUAUCUUUUAUUUUUCAGUUGAUACAACUUUAUCUUCAAGCAUAUAAACAGGGGGUGUUUAUACCCAGUGUGUUUUGAAUUCAUUGUUGAGCAUUGAUUACUGUGUAUAAAUGCAUGUAAAUCAAUACUUUUUGCAAAAAAGGUGGUCUUUGAUUUUUUUCAAAAUGAAUGUAUUUUCACCAAAUUAUUAAUUACUGGGUAAGUCUCACACGUAUGAAAAUCAAAAUCCCAUAUCCUAUCUAAACCAAUCCCAAUCCCAGAGCAGCUAGCAGACAAAUCAAGGAUAUGAAAAAAUAGUAUAUAGGUAUGAUGUAGAAGAAGAUCUUUACCAAAAUUGUGAAAUUCAUGACUCUCUAGGAUCUGAGGUUAGUGCAGGGCUGUUUUGAUCACUCAAAAAAUGUAUCGACUAUAUUGAAAGUAUUCUUUUACCUUAGGAUUAAAGGUGAAGUUAUUUAAUAAAUAAUUUAUUAAAACUUGAAAAUUUAUAAAAUCUAUUGGAAACUUAUUCUCUUUUACUAAACAUCCUGCAGGCAAACUGAACACAAGCAUUAUGAGCUAGGAAGCACUUGCCAAAAUUGUGAGUUAGGUUUUCAUGAUUAGUUUUGAUAUCGGGACGUGUCCUAUUAGUGAUCUAGGGAAUAUUCUUUGACUUUAUUAACACAACACGGAAUUUAAGCUUUAUUUUACCUGCAUGUUUUAAAUCAGGCAAUAUCCAAAUUUUAUCUUCAUUGCUACAACAGAGUGGAAUUUCAUUUACAACGUAAUUAAUAGA